AUCAACUCGGAAUUCUCUCCCUUCUUCUUGAAAUCUACUUGUUUUCGCCAAUCUCCUAAGAAAAUGAACUGAAAUUCAAGAAUUUAGAAGAGUACACUACCAUCAGAUUCCAAAUGAACUGGAUAUGAUUAGUAGAUCGAAUCCGGCCAGAAUUAGAGUAAUGGAAUGAAAUCCAAGAGAAUUUGGAGCAAUUAUAGGAAGAGACCCCCCAACUCCCUCUUCCCAAACCCAUUCAAAUUCUCGCCGCUCUCUCCUCAGCCAACUCUUUGCAGCCGCAGUCUGAAGCAAAGCAUCGGCCGUUUCGGUUAUUAUCGUUAUAGCUUCUGCUUCUUCAGAAGUGCUUCUGUGAAAGCGACAAUGCCUACAUCCUCUCCGUCCGUUCACGUGAAGGACCAUAUUGACUUGACGGCCAAGGAGAAACAAAUUUUCGACCGUCUUCUCCAAGUUCUCCGCCAUUUCAAUCUCCAAACGCAGCUUCGCGUCGCUGGCGGCUGGGUUCGCGACAAGCUCUUGGGGAAAGAAUGUUAUGAUAUUGAUAUUGCACUCGACAAUAUGUUGGGAAGGGAAUUUUGUGAAAAAGUGAAUGAGUAUUUGUCAUCGACAGGUGAAGAGACUCAAGGAAUUGGUGUGAUACAAUGCAAUCCUGAUCAGUCAAAACAUUUGGAAACAGCAAGGAUGCGCCUUUUUGAUGUAUGGAUUGACUUUGUCAACUUAAGAUCUGAAGACUACAGUGAGAAUAGCCGUAUCCCAACUAUGAGAUUUGGUACUGCUGAAGAGGAUGCAUAUAGAAGGGAUUUAACUAUCAACAGCUUGUUCUACAACAUUAAUACAAGUUCAGUUGAAGAUUUUACACGAAGAGGCAUUGCAGACUUGAAAUCUGGGACAAUAGUGACCCCAUUACCACCAAAGCAGACAUUUUUAGAUGAUCCCCUUCGAGUUCUUCGAGCUAUACGGUUUGGUGCAAGGUUUGGGUUCAAGCUCGAUGAAGAAUUGAAGAUAGCCGCUGCAGACAAUGAUGUCAAAGCUGCAAUUGCUGACAAAAUUAGCCGAGAGCGUAUUGGUCAUGAGAUUGAUCUCAUGAUAUCUGGCAAUCAACCUGUGAGGGCAAUGACCUACAUUUCUGAGUUGCAGCUCUUUUGUGCUGUAUUUACUCUUCCACCUGAUAUGGAGCCUUCAAUUUCCGAAGGAUGUGAAAGGCUUUGUGUUGCUUUAAUGGAUUCAACAUGGAGAUUUCUGCAGUUAAUAGGAUCCUCCUCCUUCACUGAUGACCAACGGAGGCUUUGUCUGUAUGCCGCUUUGUUUCUGCCUUUCAGAAAUGCUGUUUAUCCAGAAAAGAAAGGGAAAAAGAUUCCAGUUGCAAGCUAUGUCUUUCGCUCUUCUCUCAAGUUGAAGUCUAGUGAUGCAGAAACAGUUAUGAGCAUGCAUCUUGCAGCAGGAAAAUUUUUAUCCUUGAUUCCUUCAAUCCUCUCUAAUGAAAAUUUACAAUUUCUUGAAGUUGAUUGGAAAAAGGAAACUAUUGAUGUCCCUGUUGCUUCGAAACUCAGAGUAUUGGCUGGGUUGCUUCUUCGAGAAAUCAAAGAAUUUUGGCGUGCAUCACUGUUGCUUUCUUUGCUCUUGUACCCUGAUGAUAUAGGUUCCAGUACAAAUCUAUCAAACGAGGACACGGAUCUGAAGGAGAGAAGAGAAUUAUUUCACAGGGUUGAGAACACAAUUAUGGAAAUGGGGUUGGAGAAAGUCUGGGAGUUGAAGCCACUAGUGAACGGCAAAGAUAUCAUGAGCAUGUUGCAGCUAAAGUCAGGAGGGCCCAUCGUCAAAGAAUGGCAACAAAAACUGCUCGAAUGGCAGCUUGCACAUCCCUCUGGAUCAGCAGACGGAUGCAUCGAGUGGAUGAGGCAAACUCAAUCCAAGCGCGCCAGGACAGAGUAACUCAACUGCGAGCUUUGUUUUAGUGUUAAAUAACAUACAUUGAAUGAAUUGGACUUAAGCUAUUGCUGCCAUUAGCUUAUGAUCAUGUAACAGAGCAAACCACUUGGAGGCAGUACAGUGGUUUUGAGUAUGGAGAUUUCGGACUUUAAUGUACAGAAGUUGCCUAGAUUACAGGAUCUUAAGAGGUUAGAGCUAAGACAGAUGAGGAAUCAUGCAUCGACUAGACGGGAAGAACGUGUCACUAUCUUCAGUAUCUUUAUGUUGUGAAUUCUAUAUCCAUGGAUUAAAGUUGAUGAUAUAGUUCAAUUUGAAUGUGUUUCAGAUU